AUGAAGCUCCUUUUCCUGCUUCUUGUCAUCUUUCUGGCAAUGGAACCAGUGAUGUCGGACCGGUGUUGGAAGGACAGACACUGCUGGCUGUUGUGCAGGGAUGGCGAAGACAGUGUCAUACGCUGCUCAGAUCGCAAACGCUGCUGCAUCCCUAACCGUUAUCUAAUUAUCGCGCCUGUAACCAUCGAUGGAACCCUGGACUGGACCGCUCCUAUGAAGUCUAUCAAACAAAGAAGAAGAGAGACCAUGGCUAGGAAGGCUUUGCUUCAUGUCCUCUAG